AUGAAUAUCAUGUUUGAUGGAAUUGGCAACACCAGCAUCCCGCCUCAAUCAACCAAUUCGAGCGGUUCGAACGGCUUGCCGAGAAAUCCAGCACAAGCACUGCGACGAAUGCCUCUCCCGGCAGCAUCUAUGCCUCCUCCACAGAUGCCCCCGAUGCCUGACAAGAUCCACAAGGCUAAAAGCAGCGCCGGCUCGACACUGUCCGUAUCUACUCCGAUGUCUUCGGCUCAGGUCAUCACCCUUGCUAGAGAUGCUAUGAAUAGUGCGCUGCAAGACAAUGAGACCCAAGCAGCCGAAGCCAGUGGUGUCAGCACUGAGCUCAAGCCUGGUGUUACCAUUGAUCUUAGCCGGAUGAACAUCCAGUCGCUGCCAGAUGAGGUCGUAGAUAUCAUCAAGCACGAACUGGAACGCCUAGCCCUCUCCCAUAAUAAACUCACCUCAUUCCCAGUGAGAUUCUCCGAGUGCACGUCGUUACGCUACCUCAACGUGAGGAACAACUUUAUCCAGGAGUUUCCUUUAUCGCUGUGUGACUUGAAAUCACUAGAAAUUUUGGAUCUAGGGAGAAACAAGAUCCGCGUACUUCCUCCCGAGAUUGCAAAACUCUCCUCGCUUAAGGUGCUUGCUGUGCAAAAGAAUCGGAUAGAAGAGCUCCCACUCUGUUUAGCCGAUAUGGGCUCGUUGCAGGUGCUGAAGCUGGACGGAAACAACAUCACCUUUCCACCCAAGGAGGUGCUUCAAGUGCAAGCUAGUAGCCCCCCAAAUGAAGGCUUCCUCAAGGAAAACGAGGUGGCCGAAGUAACAGUGACAGCGCACAUCAAGAAGUAUCUGAAGAAACGCGCACAGACGAUCAAUGGAAGAGAGAGGGAAGCGGAGAAUGGCGGAGACGAAUCCAGUGAAGGGACCGAGACACCGAGGAUGCCGAUAAGAAGGGUGGUUAGCGGCCGCUUUCCAGUGCGGGUGAACGGGAACGACAUGUCGGAUCUUCGAUCACCAGCUAUGCCACGACCUCCGCCGAUACCAUCUCGAUCUCAUGCUCGAGGUCUUUCGCAGCAGAGUACAGCGAUCCGUAGACCUGGCGUCAUGCCUCUCACGAUCGGCAACCCGAAUGAACGAUUACGGUCGAACAGCGAGACGCUACUGCAGGCAUCUAGAGCGGAACGUCCAUCUGAGCGACACAGGCGUAUGGGCAUCGUGUCAAAAAAAGCCAAUGAGUUGGGUACGCUGGAUGAGACGCAGGCCAACAACCGAUUCAGUCAUUACCGGGGACUAAGUCACGGCUCGUCUAUGACGGGCACAGUGAACACCCACGGUUCUCCAUCGGCGAUGAGCCCGAGUAGUCCUGCUGAGCCACUACUUCAACGACCCAACUACGUGCGGCGUCUCUCUGUGCUGCCCGAACAACGCCGAGAAUCGAAAGUGUUCGAUGCCAUUGUUGAAUCUGCCAAGGGCAUCCUUUACGCCAUCUUCCAGAUUCACCCAAUGAUACAGCUUUUUACGCGACUAACCAGCGAUGGUACAGCAAAGCGCUCCAGCCUCGAGAUUGUCUUUUAUAACACGAACGUCCAUGUGGAAGAGCUCGAGCAAGAGAUCCAGAAGCAUGAAGUUGCUGUUGACAAUGGUGGUUAUGCGCAUCGGGAGAACGAGAACGUCCAAAGAGCCGUUCUGACCUUGAUAAAUGCGUAUAGCCACAUAUGUUCCCUUCUGGUGGGCAACAUGGAUACUAUCGUGGACAAUGGCGAUCCUCGUUACAUCCGAACGAUGAUGAUGUUGCUAUACAACAGUAUCAUGGAGCUUCGGGUCACUGCCUAUGAGGCUUCAGCGGGUGUCACUGGAUACGUCCCUAGCUAUGGCAACCGUCGAGCCGAACUUAGCGACACGAUCAAGCCGCACUCGCGCGAGAGCUCUGUGACCCCUACAGCUGGACGACCAGGUGGUAGGGUGCGACCCGGGGCUUUUGUUCAUAACCUCAGCAACCUCCGGGUAUCGACAGAUGUAACAGUGCCAUACCUCAAUGGCACUGGUCGAACUGCGCAGAUAACUUCCGCGACCCCUCGAUCUGGGGAAUCCUUCGCAUCUACGAGCACUGAUGGCAGGUAUCCAGUGGACUACACAGCAGAAGAGCGACUCUUCGAGAGAAUCUUUUUAUCGUUACAGAAAUCCACAGACCUCGUGAUGCGGACGCUUCCAAGCUUCAAUAUGCAGUUUAAUAAUGGCAGGCGCAAUGCCGAAGCUCAGCGAGCUCCGGAUCACGUUGUGGAAUGCUGGAGGGGCCUCAUCGCUAAAUGCACGAUAACCAUCAGGGAAACGGAGAUGUUGAAAACCCGCUUGUCGCUAAUCAAGUUGAAAGAGCCCGGCAUCAGGACCGAUCCUUUCUUCUGGAGCCUUUGUAAGAGCUUCAUUGGCUCUUGGGCCGAGUAUGGAAAGAGGUUGCAACAUUCCAUGGAUCAGAUUAAACUGCCCCUGGACAUCAGGACGCGGCUUCGACCUAUUCAAAUCAGCGUAAAGGAGACGAAUCAACUCAUCACCAUGUCACCAUGGGCGUAUCGCCUCAGGCAAGCUAACCAUUUCUCCGAUGCUGGCAGUCACUACUCGCCUAGUCACUAUUCAUCCAACUCUGCCGUCACGCAGAUGUCACUGCCGAUGACACCUCAAAGCGCAGCUCUAGGACCGGCGGUACAAGCGACCGUCCCGUCCACGCCGCAGAGUGCUUCUUUUUCCAGUGCCUUCCACGGGAACGUCUUUGAGCGGGCGGACGCGCUGAUAAAUAUGGGAGGUCCAUCGAUGUCUCGCACGAAUACCAUGACCAGCAGCUCGUCCAUGUCGUUGAGCUCAGUAUCCUCGAUGAUGACUCCCAUGGACGAGCGGCAAGGCUCGUCAACAAUGUUGAGCCCCAACGGGAACGCAGGUCCCGCGAAUUACCGCUAUAAUGGGGGAGGCAAGCCUGCAUUUUAG